AAACGUGAAUAUGACAGUCGGGCUUUUGUUGUGGUUUUCUCAAUGGUUUUCUGAAAUGAAAUAUAUUUCAUUUUCCAUCUAAUCGUGUUGGCGACAAAUAACCGAAUGGUUUAUUUUGUUUUAAUUUAAAUACAUUUUUUUGCGCUGAAAAUUGAACACCAUUAACAUGCCUGAACAAUCGAGUAGUCGAAUAUUUAGCGGAUCAAGAGUUUUAGGUUAUGUUAGUACACAUGUGCCUUUCGUAGCAAGAUAUAUUAGAAGAAGAGGUGAAACUCUGCUAUGCACUAGUGUAGGGAAGUGGUUUCACACUUAUGGAUGUGAUAAGUUUCGUCUGCUCAGUGUGAGUGGUGAACAUCCAGGUCCCAUAACAUGUAUGGCCGGCGACAACUACCACGUAUACACAGCCAGUGAAAACAAUAUUUACGCUUGGAGACGAGGAUGUGAGCUUAAGCAUAUAUAUAAGGGCCACGAAGCAUCUGUUCAUAUACUAUUUCCUUUCGCCGCCCACCUUAUUUCGAUAGACGAAGGCAACAUAUUAAAAAUCUUCGAUAUCAAAGAUGAGACAGAGUUUCUAGAGCUAAAUUUUGACGAAAGUCAAUUUAAAAUUACUACAUUGUGUCAUCCACCCACGUAUUUAAAUAAAAUACUGCUAGGAAGUCAACAAGGUCAGUUGCAGCUAUGGAAUAUCCGUACAUCGAAAUUGGUCCAUACUUUUGACAAAUGGAAAUCUCCAGUCACUAUCAUAGAACCUGCUCCAGCUGUAGAUGUUGUGGCUGUAGCAUUUAGAAACAACAAGAUUGUCCUUCACAAUUUGCGGUAUGAUGAAACUAUUAUUGAAUUUGUACAUGAUUGGGGAAAAGUGACUUGUUUGUCAUUCAGAAUGGAUGGCGUCCCAGUCAUGGUAACGGGAAGUACAACUGGACACAUUGUGAUGUGGGAUCUGGAAGAGAAGAGAGUGAUGUCUCAAGUGCAGUCAGCCCAUUCAUCUAGGAUAGCUGGCAUGCAGUGCUUGAUGUCGGAGCCACUCAUGGUGACCAACUCCAGGGAUAAUUCUUUAAAACUAUGGAUAUUUGAUAUGCCAGAUGGGGGUGCUAGGUUGUUAAGAAAAAGAGAAGGCCACUCUUUGCCACCAACCCUGGUGAGGCACUGUGAACCAACGGGAGAGAACAUCUUAGCCGCUGGUGCAGACAGGAGUCUUCAUAUCAUGAAUACAGUCACUGAAACAUUUAACAAAAGCAUGGGCAAGGGAUCUUACAACAGGAAAAAAUCUAAGAAGAAAAAGAGACUUGAACAAGACCGUCUAGCAUUGCCACCAAUUGUGAACCUCAGCUCAUGCAUGCAACGAGACAAGCAAUGGGACAGCAUUGCAGCAUUACAUGAUGGAAUGUAUUUGGCAACAACAUGGUCUUACAACAGGAUAUGUAUGGGAGAGCACAAACUCAAACCGGACAGGUUUGAAAAAGGAACAGAGGCAACUUGUUUAACAGUGACACAUUGCGGAAAUUUUGUCAUAAUUGGCUAUAGUAACGGACAAGUACACAAAUUCAACAUGCAGUCAGGACUACACAGAGGAUUCUAUGGUAAACAAGAUAAGAGGUUGGCUCAUAAGGGUGCAGUGAGGGGUGUUGAAACAGACAUGUGUAAUCAGAGAGUAAUAACAGCAGGAGGAGAUGACACUCUUAAAUUCUGGCACUUCAAAGCGGCAACAACUCCCUAUCAUGUCAUUAGGCUAGAGGAAUCUGUAGCCAGUACAAAGUGCCACAGGGAAAGUGGACUACUAGCCUUAGCUAAUGAAGAUUUCUCAAUAACACUUGUUGAUAUUGAUACAAUGAAGAUUGUGAGGAAAUUCGAAGGACACUCCAACAGAAUCAAUGAUAUCGCUUUUGAUGCACAGAGCAGGUGGUUAAUUAGCACUUCAAUGGACUGCACUAUUUGCACCUGGGAUAUUCCUAGCGCGCAGCUUGUUGAUAUAUUUUCGGUGGAACGCCCAUGUACGUCAUUGAGCAUGUCUCCAACGGGAGAUUUCCUAGCGACGACUCACGUGGGCGAACUGGGAGUGUUCCUGUGGGCGAACCGGCUUUUGUAUGAACGCGUGUUCCUCAAGCCCAUUGACAAGGCUGACUCCGUGCCCACAUUACGUCUACCAGCAACAGUUCCAGAGAAACCUCACAUCGAAGACAUUGCCAUGAUAGACCUAGGCGAAGAGCCAGAGUACAUAUCUCGUGAACAAAUAAGCAAAGAGCUCAUCACUCUAUCAGACCAACCCACGUCGAGAUGGCUCAAUUUAUUGCAUCUAGAUAUUGUGAAAAAGAGAAAUAAACCGAAAACGCCUCUAACAGUUCCGAAAUCAGCGCCAUUUUUCCUGCCAACCAUACCAAGUCUUGAAUUGGAAUUUGAUUUAGGAAAAGAUAAAGAUGGCGACACUAAAUUGUUAAUGCCCGAUGCGCUAUCUACUUUGACAGUAUUUGCUAAGAAAUUAAUAACAAGUGAAGAUGAUGAUUAUUUGCAAUGUAUAGAAAAGUUGAAAACGUUAUCCCCUGCAGCGAUAGAAGCUGAAGUAACAAGCAUGUCGCCUGAAUCAGGCGGUUCUACAGAAGUUAUGCGGCAUUUCCUAGAAAUGAUCAAUGUUAUGAUGACUAGUAAUAGAGAUUUCGAACUGGCUCAGUCCUAUUUGAGCUUGUUCAUAAAGAUGCACACGAAAUUUAUAGCGGAGGAUGAGAAAUUAAGAAAUACUCUCUUGUCGGUGGAGGAGAAGGCCGCGCAAUCGUGGGCUAAGUUGCAGAGUGAACUGUUGUAUGAUAUUUGUGUUGUUAAAGCCUUAAAAGAUAUGUAAUAAAGUUAAGUUUUUCUUAAGGAA